GCAUGGCAUCUAAUGUCUUAUGGUAUCCAAAGUCUUUAUUGUAUAUUGCUUGCCAAAUGACAACUACAUAUGCAUACAACUACAUAGCAUAUAAAAAACCAAUUCAAUAGUUGAAGGGUUAUGUCACCAAAAAAUUUAAAUUCUGUUAUGAAUUACUCACCCACAUAUCGUUCCAAAUUCAUUUUCAAAACACAAACGAAGACAUUUCAGAUGAAAUCUGAGAGAUCUUUCAUAGACAGUGACAAUCUAAAGAUGUUCAAAGUCUGGAAAAGAAACCAAAACAUUGUCAAAACAUUACAUGUGUCUUCAGUGGUCAACUGUAAUCAUAUGAAGCUUAAAGAGCACUUAUUGUGCCAAAUAAAACCGUAAAAUAUACUUAGUUUGCCUCACAGGCCAUCAGGGUGUGCAUUUACUAUGGGCAGUAUGAUAUAUUUGCCAUUAGAGGCAGCAGUGCAACAUUCAAGCACCAUAUUUCUGAUUGUAAAUACACACAACCUGAUCUGAUGUGGAAAAUUUAGAUGUUUUUUAAGCUUCACAAGAUUAAAGUUACAUAUUACAUAAAAAACAGGAUUUUGUUUACACAAUCUUUAUGCAAAGAAAAUUAUCAACCAGAGCUGCAGUACAUUAUUAAAUUAUGACCAAAGAGACUGGCAUAUGUCUUGACUCAUGUGCAACCAAGUCAAGUUUACAGUCCUAUGUAAAGCACAGGUUUGUGAUCAGCCUGCAAGAUGGGAAAUUGCUUUCCCAAAUUCUGCAAUAGUAUCUGGAUGCUGCUUUGAUGAUGAAAGCUGAGAUAGCAUAUCUCAGUGAUGCAAUGUCAGACACAAUGCACUCAAUGGAGCUAGUGAUGUCACUCUGAGGGGUUGGCUUAGGGGUUGGGUUAGAUAAGCACAUUAAAAAACAUCGGGGGCAGCCCAGAUUGCACUGCACCAGGUCUGGAUCCAGACCCCUCUCCAAUUCUUAGCAAAUUCCCACUGUUGUGAGAAAGAAAUUACCCUGUUUUUUGCAGCCAAGAGAUGACAAGAAAUAAGCCCAGGACUAAAGGUAGACUAGCUCAAAGAGAUUAUAAAAUUAAAACAGAAACAAAGCACUAAACAAAAAUGAGAGUUUGAAGGCUAAAAAGGGGAAGUGAAAUGUGAAAUGUACACAGAGAAGUGUUUCAUGAUCUCUGUAAUCCUCUCUUUCUUCUAUUAUUGUCAUCUCCUGCUUCCAUUUUCUUUUCAGACUUGCACACACAAACACAUCAAUGAGAAAAAGCCUCUGUGCUCACAUUUACUCCACUUUACCCAUGCUGCAGCCUGUCGUAAAGCAUGUCAAUGGACAGUAAGGAGGCUCAGCUUGAGGAGCUGGUAGAGGUAACAGUAUCCCAAACCACAGAGCGGCGACGGCAGGGCAAAUUCCAGCCAUUCCGGCGUCUAUUUGGGAAAAAGAAAAGGAGAGAAGCAGAACGUGCGUUUGAGGGAACUGAACUUAAACCUUGUCAUUCCACUGAUGAUGUCUGCAAUGGGGUGGACUCAGCUAACCAAGAGAAUGAUCAGUAUUUAAGGGAGUCAAACACCCUUGGGUCCCGAGCUUUUUCACACGAGAGUGUAUUUAUCCCUGAGGACUCUGAGAAGACACAUCCAGGACAGACAAUGUCCCAGGAGAACGUUUCCGACAAAGUCAGAAACAUUCAGAAGCAAAUUGGACAUAAUAUAAAAUUUGGUCAGAGACCCCCUUCACUUAGAAAGAGUGAGGGAGAUGAAGGCAGCUCAGAUGAGGAAGAGGUACCACAAAGUCCAUUGAGAGUUCUUGCUCAAGUGGAGAAUGAGCCACCGGAGACAUCAGCCAAGGAAAAAUCUGUCAGCCAUGACACUGUCCAGCAUAGGACUCCGGUCAAAUCCCCACGCACCAAGCGCCCACCUCCCCCUGGCACAAUUGAGUCUAUCAAUCUAGAUGCUGUCCCUCAGUCUGUCCCACGCUUGGACAACACUGCUGCCAAACACAAACUGUCUGUCAAACCGAAGAACCAGAGGGUGUCUCGAAAACAUAGAAGAUUCACACAGGAGUUUCAUGAAGAUGAUUUCUCUGAAAUUCAAGAAGAAUUUGAAAAGGAUGAGGAAGUGUUUGAUUCAUCAAGAGAGGAUUAUGGUAUUAUCCAUGGAAGUAAAGAAGAUUAUGAACCUACUGAAAAAUCACAGAGGCAACGAUUUCAUGAGGAAGAGAAAGAACACCUUGAGAUAAAGAAAAGAGAACAAGAGGAAGAGAGAAAGAUGGAAAAACACCGGAGGAUGAUUGAGGAGCAGAGGUUAGAAGAAGAGAAGCGACGCAGACAGGAAGAGGAAAGGCUGCAAAAAGUGGAAGAGGAGAGGAAGCAACGAGAGGAAGAAGAGAGGAAAAAAAGGGAAGAGGAGGAAAGGAGGAGAGAAGAAGAAGAGCGAAGAUUACGACAUGAGGAAGAGCGAAAGAGACAAGAGGAGGAGGAAAGAAUGAAGAAAGAAGAAGAAGAAAGAAAAAGAGCAGAAGAGGAAAGAAGGCAACAAGAACUUUUGGCAGAGCGUCUUCGUCUGGAAGAGGAAAGAAAAAGAGAACAGGAAGAGAGAAGGAGAAAAGAGGAGGAGGAGGCAGAGAAACGCAGGAUUCAAGAGUUACAAGAGAAAAGGCUGAGAGAGGAAGAACAUCGCAUUCGUGAAGAAGAAAGAUGUCGACAAGAGGAAGCAGAGAGAAAAAGACUAGAGGAAGAGGAAAGAAAGAGACAACUGCAAGAAGAGAAAGCUGGAUCUACUGACCCUGAAUGGAAAAGAAAAGCAGAGGAACUGAGAUGGAGAGAGAUGGAGGAGAGACAGAGACCCUUCACUUUUAAAGUCUCUUCGGGUGAGAAGCAGAUACUCUUCCAGAAGGUCAAUCUCACGCCUGUUACUCCAGCAACUGGCCAACAGGGUGAAACAACUGCUGAAACUUGGGAGGGAGCUAAAGCUUCUUCACCAGGAGGGCCAGAUUCACCAACUCUGUCUUCUUCUCUUUAUGUCCCGCAUACUGCAAUUCUUGUGACAGGAGCCCAGCUUUGUGGAACUGCAGUUAAUCUCGAUCAGAUCAAGGACACAGCUUGCAAGUCACUUCUUGGCCUUUCUGAAGGCAAAAAGGCCAUGGGCACUCCUCCAUCCAAGAGCAAGACAUCUCCAGAUCGUAAAUCUGGAAAAACCAAAUCCGUAUUUGAGUCUUCCUUGUCUACAGAUCAAUCCAACGCUGCUGUCCUGGCAGAAUGGGCAAGUAUUAGGUCCAAAAUUUUUAAAGGUGCUGAAGAGGGAAAAUAUCCUGAAUACACAGAUCAAAGUCGCAGGCCAACAAGUGAAGAUCUAAAUACAGUGCCAUUCUCUCACACCAACCUCAGGAAAACUAUGUCAGCCAGUGCGAAGUUUUCCAUCACGCCAGCCAGAAAAAAAUUUGCUGAUUCCAACAGAAACUCUGAGAUUUUUGGUCAGGAAGAAGGUGUGAAAACAGAAAGUGCAUUUACAGAAACUUCCCCUGUCCAAAAAGAGUUGCCCUCUUUAGGUACUAAGGUCCAGAGUAGGGGAAGCAAGCUUGUCCGCAUUGCAGACGAAGAGUGCAUGUUUGCCAAAGACCUUCCCUCAUUCCUUGUUCCUAGUCCACCACAUGGAUCUCCCAAGUCCCAGAGAUCUGAGAGUGGCUCCCCAAUUCAGGCAGAAUCAGAAGAUUCAGAUACAAAAGAUGAAGAUGGGGAACAGAAAGCACAGGGUGGUGAUGAGCAGCCAUCCCCUUUUGGAAUCAAAUUGAGAAGAACAAACUAUUCUCUUCGCUUCCACAAUGAACAAUCUGCAGAAAAGAAGAAGAAAAGGUACAGUGCAGGAGACAGUUUUGAAGGAGUCCCAGUGCCCCUGACGGCCAUUGACCAAGACUCUGACAAUUCUACACUCUCUGAAAAAUCUAGCCCCAUUUCUCCACAACAAGAGAAUAUUGAAUUUCAAACCACAGUUGCACCCAGUAAAGAAUCUCGUAGUAAGUUUAGCAGAAGUACUCUCCCUUUGGCACGCACCGAAGGUGACAACAUGUCCCCCAAACCUCCACUUUACCAAAAACCUGCUACCUCCCCCAAACCAUCUGAAGGUGCCACACCUCUACUUUCUCCUCUUCCAAAACCUGGUAGAAGGACUUCAGGAGACACAAUUUCACAAAGGACUGGGGAAGCAGAACAGGUAGCUACUGAGCAAGGCAGUGAUCAUAAAGGAGGAGUUACAGCAUCUGGACCAUCACAGAAAAGUGGACAAGGAGAGGAGGAUGUUAAAGAAAAGAAGUCAUUUUUUCCAUCCAUUAGCAUCCCAUGGAGAGAAAAAACAGAUCGCAGAACAGAACUCAUCAAAAAAGAAAAACCAUCUCUGCAGGCCAGGCAUUCUCUGGACAGCUCACGAUCACAGGACAAAGAGACAGGACCACUUUGGAUCACUCUGGCACUGCAAAAACAGAAAGGCUUUAGGGAACAGCAGCAAAACCGAGAGGAAAGGAGGAACCAGAGAGAGGCUAAACUGGCUGAGAAACAAGCUAGGGACAGAGAAAGUGCUGGAAGCAGUCCCACUGAGGAUAAAGGCAAUGGGAGCUCCAGCAUCAUAUCCAAGCAUCAAACAGCAGAUGAAAAUAAAAGACCAGACACACUCCUGGCUCGCUUUGAGCGACGUGACAACUUGAAGAAAGCCAAUACCUUACCCAGCUCAGUCACAGUUGAAAUAACAGACUCUACACCAUCGCCGCCAGCAACAAAGGAUGUGACCAAGCGCUUCCCUCCUGGUGACACUACCCAGGUUUCUACUGAGCCUGCAUGGCUUGCCCUAGCAAAGCGUAAGGCCAAAGCCUGGAGCGACUGCCCACAGAUCAUCAAGUGAUCCAAUACCACUGACCACAAGUCUACUUCAUCCACAUCAGUUAGCAAUCACUGCACCCCAGCUCACCUAAAGGCUCCAAACAAAAGGUCCAUUAUUCACCUUAAAGCAGGCAUUUCUGGACAACUGGGAUUUUAGUAAAGAAAACAUACUUUUUUUUCCCAAAAUGUAGUAAUUUUACAUAUUUGCAUUGAGUUUAUUUUAUCAGAUGAUCAGAUGUCAAUCAUCAAUCAAGCCCUAGAAUCUUCAUCGAGAGGUUAAAGCCCUUCAAACUUCUGAGAUCAUCAGUAGUCCUGUUAGCAGUAUAAAUACACAAUGCAUGUCAAACUGUUGAUCCUAGAUAUUACUAAAACAAUGUGAGUGGUUCACAUUCAGUAACACAUUUUAAAUAAGACGAGAUGUUAUGUUACUGCUUUGGUGGCAAUUCUGGGAUGCAAUUCAAGGGCUAUUAAUAACACAACAGAUAAAACCUUCACCAGUUUCACUCCUCGCACCCCCAAGCAUGAAAAUCAGAGAAACAGUUUUGUAAUUUUCUUUUGAGUGCUGUUUUUCCACGUACACACUCAAAUGAGUUGGCGCUCAAAGACCUAGCAGAUGGACAGACAUCACUUUUUUAUUUCGUAACUUAUUAUAUUUGAUAUCUUGGCAAAGUAUAAAGAUCUUCACUGUGUCCGUGACAACUGUGAGUAACGUCAUUUUAACUAUUGCUAAAAAUCAUCAUGUCAAUGACACGUCAGCACUGUUUACUUCUGUAAUUAACUAACAUUGAAUUUUUCCUUCAAGUUUCCAUGACAUGGUAUAUAUGCACUUGAGCCGUGCUGUCAGUUGAAAAAAAAUUGCAAUGUCUAUACCCGCCUGUUUACGUAGAAUUGGGCUCCGCCUGCUUGCUGUAUAAUAAACAAUGCUAUCCUGGCGUAGCGUGUGCUAGCAUCACUUUUACCGCUAAUUAACAAAACCUGCGACACUGCUUAGUGAUGGGAGAUCGGUGUUUCAAAUGCAGCAUCCCAGGGGGAAUAAGAACAAGAGGUCCCUUAUAAAAAAGGGAGCAAGAAUGGACUAUUAACAGACAUCACCUCUACGUCCUUGAAAAGGCAGCUAACCCCAGAUCGCUUCAGGAGGGAUUGCCCUUGUAGGUGAACUGUAAGCCACAUUGGAUUAUAAAAAAAGCAUCUGCUAAAUGAAGGAAGUUAUUGAACAGAAGCCUUGAUCUCUCAGCAGACUCCACUAUCUAAUGUAAUGUUGUAUGUAUGUAAUGUAUGUAGGUAUGUAUGUAUGUAUAGAGGUGAAAUGAAACAGACUGUAUUCCACUGGAGAUCUCCUGAACUGCAGUUGCGUCACUUAGUUUUUACAUUGGUUGUGUGCAAUAGUGUAGCGUAAACAGUGUUGUAUGUGAUAUGAAACAAAACAAUUGUUGAAAAUUGCACUUUUUUUGGUUCCACUUAAGAAAAAUCCAUUAAAGAAAAGGUGACGCAAAAUGUUAUGAUAUAUGUAGAGUAAAUUAAAAAAAGCUGUUUGAAACUGGU